AUGGGUCAGAAAUAUACUCAUCCAAUUCCUUGUUAUCAUGGAUAUGCUUCUUUACCACCAUCGCAACGACAAUGUUGUCGAUCUCAACCUUUAAUCUUAACUCAUACUCGAGCAAUUCCAUUAAAAUUUGAACUUCGUCAUUUCAUUCGACGGGAUCGACGUCAUUGAUUGUUAUAUUAUUUUUAUUCUUUUGUUCCAAAGGUGAUAUUAAACAUUUGUUUUCUUUUUUUUGUUCAUAAAAAUUAGUGUUAUGAACACUUUGUUUUCUUUUUUCUGACGUGUAAAUUAAGACUUAUAUUGAAUUUGAGAGUAUCAAAUCUUCUUUUUGUUAAAAAAGAUCUCAUUAGUUUUUGAAAUUUAUUUUAUCGUCAAUGUCUUAUGUUUCUAUAUAUUUAAAAUAUUUUUAGAAUAAAAUUAAUGCCAAAUUAAUUAUUAUUCUAACUUUUAAUGUAAUAUUGCAAUACAUGUUUUUUUUUUACUUUCUCUAUUUAAUGAUAAUAGAUAAAAUAAUUUUGAUUACUACACCUUGUUAAGAAGUAUAGGUUUGACUCUCUGAAAUACUUUUCUUUGAUAAUUGACAGCAGGUUUUUUUUUUAAUCAUGAUCAAUAACAUGUAGGAUUGAUAUAUAACUAUGAAAAUAGCCGAGUCAUAAAAGUGAACAAGAGAAUAUUUCUAUUAGUUUUCUGAUGGUUAUAAAUUCUAGUCAGUUACAAUAAUGAUUUAGUCAUAAUAAAUGUAUGAAUUUAACUUAAUUUUGAAUAAUUUAUUCUAAUGGAAAACUUUGAUAAUGAAAAAUAUUGCUUCCGAAUUCAUGAAUUAUUAAUAAUUGACUAAAUUUAAAACAUUCUAUGAAGUAAAAUGUUUUUCUCAUUAUAUGGACAGAGCAAUCUUUGACAGAUCAACCCUCAUAAUUGAGCUUUUCAUAUGUAAUAUGGAUCAAAAUAAAUCAUAAGUUGUGUAUAAAUUGUUCAGUAUGAUGAAAUAAUAUGUUAUCAAAAUGAAGACUUUUAAUUAGAUUUUUUUCUAACCAUCGGAAGCUAGAAUCGUAAAAUCACAUUUUCAAAGCUGAGAUGCUUUUAUUGAACUUCUAGAUUUUUUAAUAUAGUUUUCAAAUAUAAUAAUUUGUUCACUGUGACAUUGUAUCCAUGCAUAACUGUCAUGUCAUUAUUAAUCGUGUCUUUUGUAUUUUUUUUUCUUUUUAAAAGAUUGAAUUGAUGAACAUCUUCCUGGUUGCAAGCAGAGAACGCUCAUGUUCUAGAAAUGAAAAAAGAUUAUAUCUCAUCGUAGUCUUGAUCUAAUGUUUUCUAUCGAUGUAACGAAGGCGAUCUUCUUUUAUUAAAAUAUCAUCUAUUAUAUUUAUCACAACAACAAGAUAUUUCGAAUACAUAUCAAUCAAUGAAAUAGUGAUUAAUGAAGGAAAACACAAAAAAAAAAUAUUUCUUACCAGUUGUUCUGUUCUUCUUGUCAUGAUGUUUUAUAAAUGUAACUGGAAUUAUUUCUGUUUCUAUCAGGCGACCAAUCAGUAUUGUUUACAUUCGAUUCAUAGUCUUUCACGUUUUGAUAAUGUAAUUAUAAAUUCUAUGAAAAGUUGUGGUAACCGUUUAAGGGAAUCCAACGAGUUAAGGGAAACAGUGUAAAAUGAAUAGAGGUCAUGGUAUAGCUCUCAUGGCGGACCAAUAGGAUUCGGCGUCUGUAAAGUAUGGAUGUUCCAUAUUUUACUAAAACUGAAGCUCAUUGCUCCGCCAUUAGAACUCCUAUGUGUCCUCUAUUCAUUUUACAGUAUUUCCCUUAACUCAUUGGAUUCCCUUAAACGGUUACCACAGUGUGGGUGUGGGUGUGGGUAUGGUUUUGGUGUUCAGAUUCACUCAACCCAAACCCACACCCACACCUACACCCACCCACACACCCAUACCCAUACCAAAACCCUACACCCACUCACACUCACACCCACACCCACCCACACCUACCCCACACCCACACUCACCCACACCCUCCCACACUCACACCCAGCCACCCCCACACCAACGCUCACCCACACCCACACCCACACCCAUGCCCACACCCAUACCGCCACCCACACCCACACCCA